AUGGAAAACGGUACCAAUUCCAAAAUAACGCAGUCACUUAACGGUCACGCUACAGAUCCUAUACUGCCGAACGAUCCGACUAUAGGGUACAAGCUUAACCACUCGAUGAUGAAGAUUCGAGAUCCUAAGCAGAGCAUGGAGUUCUAUACUAGCUUGAUGGGUAUGAGACAGGUUUUCUCAGUAAACGCCGGCAUUUUCACAAUCUACUACCUCGCCUACCCAGAGACUGACGAGCAUCGCGCCGACCCAGCAAAGUUCGCCAUUGAUACCACCGCCAAACUCACUAGUACGCUUGGUCUCUUAGAACUGCUCCAUAUCCACGGCUCCGAGAAGCAUGAGCCCGGGUUUUAUGCCACGGGUAUUACACCGCCAAAUUUAGGUUUUGGACAUCUCGGCUUCACUGUGCCGAAUGUGCAGCAGGCGGUAGCGAGGCUCAGAGCACAUGGCGUUCCGAUCUUGAAGGAUGCUGGGUCGUGUGAUACGUCUCUCCUGGUCACUGACUGGGAGAAACAACGUGGAGUAGGUGUUUCAGCCAAUGGAACGGAUGGAAAGCUCCACCCCGACCAUGCAGGGAUACUAGAGCAGGUCGCGUUUGUUCAAGAUCCGGAUGGUUAUCUUAUCGAACUAGUGCCACAAACUCUGGCCCUUGGGUAG